AUGAAAUUUUUGCUAGACAAAUUUAGUCCGCGUCCGACACAAGAUACAUUGGCGUUGAUAUCUUACAAAAUUAAUGACAGAAAUAUAGAACAUUAUUUAGCAUAUUUGGAAGGUGGGUGGUUGUCGGAAGAUGACAUGAAGAAGUCUGAUGAAGAGGAGGAAAAUGUGCCUGAAAGUUACGAUGGAAAUGAGUUACUGAAUAUGUUAGAAAGUAAUGAGGAUGACACAGAAAACUCACAAAACCACGAAAGUGACCCUCCCUUAGUUGAAAAUGAGGCAAUAGACAACCAGAUAUCGGUAUUAGUAACCCAAACAAAAAGAUUCACAUACUAUGUUGUUAUAAAAGAUUCGAGAAAUGCUGAAAUAUCAACCAUUUCUGAAACCCGUAAGUACGACACGGUCGCUACCACUGACGUGGCCACAUCUUGUACAGCAGCUGCACCAUCUGAUGCUAAAGAAAUCUGUAAAGAAAAUAGGGAUGUAACUACUUACGGACCUCUUCAGCAGUCUCCAAACUCACCAGCAUCAGAACCAUUUGGUGCCAAAGCUUCUGUUUCUGGAAUCUGUAACGAAAACUUGGAUGCUACUACUUACGUAUCUCUUCAGCAGUCUCCAAACUUACAAGUAGCAGAACCAUUUGGUUCCAAAGCUUCUGUUUCUGGAAUCUGUAAAGAAAACUGGGAUGCUACUACUUACGGAUCUCUUCAGCAGUCUCCAAACUUACCAGCGGCAGAACCAUUUGGUGCCAAAGCUUCUGUUUCUGUAAAGAAAACUCAGAUGCCUUUACAUACGGAUAUCUACUACAGUCUUCAUGCAAACAAGCACCAGUACCAUCUGAUGCUAAAAGAGCUAUCUGUUAUAAUAUACUUUAUAUAG